AUGGGCAAGACUGUAGCAACUGGUAUUGAAACCCCCCAACCUUAUCCACAAUUGCCUGAACAUGUUAUGGACAUGUUUUCAUUAAAAGGUAAGGUGGCCUCUGUGACUGGUGCUUCCGGUGGUAUUGGUUAUGAAGUGGCCGUUGCAUUUGCACAGGCAGGUGCCAAUGUUGCUAUGUGGUACAACUCGCAUUCUGUCGAGGAGGAAGCUGAAAAGCUGUCGAAGAAAUACAACGUCACCGUUAAGGCUUAUAAAUGUUCAUUGACUGAUACUAAGGCUGUUGAAGAAACUGUGCAACAGAUUAAGAAGGACUUUGGUGGUAGAAUUGAUAUAAUGGUGGCUAAUGCUGGUGUGGCGUGGGAUAAGGGUCCCUUGACCGAGCUGGCCGAAAAAGAUUCUGAGCUUUGUGACAAGGAAUGGCAGAAAGUUUUGAGCAUCGAUAUCAAUGGUGUCUAUAAUGCAGCCAAGAGUAUUGGUCCAAUUUUCAAGAAGCAAGGAUCAGGUUCUUUCAUUGCAACUGGUUCGAUGUCUGGUCACAUUGCAAACGUUCCGCAAUUACAGGUCGCAUACAAUACUGCAAAGGCUGCCGUUAUUCAUAUGUGCAAAUCGCUGGCUGUCGAAUGGACAGGUUACGCCCGUGCUAACACUGUAUCCCCAGGUUACGUAGCCACUCCAUUGAAUGCUGGGAUGGACGAAGAGAUGCUAAAGAAAUGGAACACCUUAGUCCCACUAGGUCGUCUCGCUUUGCCCAAGGAAAUGGUUGGUGCUUAUUUGUACUUGGCCUCUAAUGCCUCAACAUACACGACCGGUAGCGACAUACUAGUGGAUGGUGGUUACUGUAGUGUUUAA